GAUUCCGUAAAACGCGCAGCUAGCGGUCUGUGUAUCCGAGAAGUCAACAAAAUGUCGUCUGUUGUCCGCUUCUCUCGCUUGCUUGCACCAGCGAUGGUCAGACAUCGCUUGAUGUCAAAUUUUCGACCUGAAAAGGCUCUCUCGCUGAGCAGUGUCAGUGACGAUCAUUCUGUGUGGUACGACUACAGCCUAAACAACUCCGAGCAGUUCUGGGGUGAUCUUGCGGCUGAACGCCUUCGUUGGCGGCGACCAUUUGAUCGCGUCACGGAUUGCGACAUGGAACGAGGCAUUUUUCGCUGGUUCGACGGCGGUCAGUUGAAUGUGUGCGAGAAUGUGGUCGAUCGUCACGUGACCACUGAUCCCGACAAAGUCGCUUUGAUUUGGGAGAAAGACGAACCUGGGGAAGAAGAGCGGGUUACGUACAAAGAGCUGAAGUCGAUGGUGUGCCGAUUGGCGAACGUGCUCAAGUCACAGGGCGUGAAAAAAGGAGACAGAGUAGCCAUCUACAUGCCUGUCAGCCCAUUGGCUGUCUGCUCUAUGCUAGCGUGCGCUAGAAUUGGAGCUGUGCAUAGCGUGGUUUUUGCUGGUUUUAGUGCUGAAGCGCUUCGUAGUCGUAUCGAUGAUGCACAGGCAUCUGUUCUGAUUACAGCAGAUGAGGGAGUUCGAGGAGGGAAGACAAUACCAUUGAAGGCAACUGUAGACAAAGCAUUGGAAGGAACUGCAGCUGUGAAUCGGGUAUUAGUGAUGACAAGAACAGGAAACGUUGUUCCUUGGAAUACAGAGAGAGACAUUCGUAUGGAAGAUGCAAUGGCUCUGGUGUCAGAGUCGUGUGAGGCUGAGACAAUGGACAGUGAAGACAACCUCUUUUUGCUUUAUACUUCUGGAAGUACGGGUCGACCAAAAGGGAUUGCACACACUCAAGCUGGAUAUCUUUUGUACGCCAGUCUCACUCAUGAGCUCGUAUUCGAUUACAAACCGGGUGAUAUAUUUGCAUGUGUUGCCGAUAUUGGUUGGAUUACUGGCCACUCGUAUGUUGUCUAUGGUCCUCUAUCCAAUGGAGCAACAACUGUUCUGUUUGAAAGCAUUCCCACUUAUCCAGACCCGGGCCGAUACUGGGAGAUGGUUAGCCGAUUGAAAAUCACUCACUUCUACACAGCUCCCACGGCUGUUCGCUUAUUGAUUAAAGCUGGAGAUGAACAUGUGCAUAAGUAUGAUCGUUCGAGUCUUCGUCUUCUAGGCUGCGUUGGUGAGCCUUUAAAUGUUGAAGCAUGGCAGUGGUAUAAUCUUGUAGUUGGUGAUGCGCGCUGUCCUGUGGUGGACACAUGGUGGCAGACUGAGACUGGUGGGAUUAUGAUAGCACCCAAACCAGCACCUAAUGGAGUCAAACCCAAACCUGGUUAUCCUAUGAUUCCUUUCCUUGGGAUUGAUCCAGUACUUGUGAAUGAGAAGGGUGAAAUUAUUACUGAAAAUGAUGUAUCUGGCUUGUUAUGUGUUCGUAAACCAUGGCCUGGAAUGGCACGUACUAUCCACGGUGAUCACAAUCGAUUCUUAGAUACCUAUUUUUCUCGAUUUCCUAGUCUGUAUUUCACUGGAGAUGGAGCUCGGCGAGACAGGGACGGGUACUAUCAAAUAACUGGAAGAGUUGACGAUGUCAUCAAUGUCAAGGGCCAUCGUUUAGGAACCGCCGAGGUUGAAAGUGCAAUCGAUGAGCAUCCAGAUGUGGCCGAGUCGGCUGUUGUCAGUUUUCCUCAUGAUAUUUAUGGUGAAGGCAUUUAUGCUUACGUCAUCUUAAAAGAUACAGGUGACUUACACAGUCAAACAGAGAUUACUGACAGCAUCAAGAAUAUUGUGAAACACAGGAUAGGGUCGUUUGCUGUUCCUGAGGUGAUUCUUCUUACUCCCGCAUUGCCAAAAACAAGAUCUGGUAAGAUCAUGCGCCGUGUGUUGAGGAAAGUAGCUGCAAAUGAGGCGGAUGAUUUGGGUGAUGUGAGCACACUAGCUGAUCCAUCGGUUGUUGAUGUAAUAAAGAAACGACACAUAGAAACGGCAAAUAACUACUGAAUUAAUUUUCACUGAAUUAAUGGGAGAUUUGUUAACUUUUCUAUUAUUGGGUAAUAAACAUUACUGUUAUGGUAGUGUGUCAGUGAGAUAAUAGGCUUUUAGUUUGUCAUCUGUAGAGUGUGCAGUACAGUCGAAAUAUCAGCUGUUGGGUCACAA